GGGAGCCGGAUCAUCGGGGGAAAGGCGGUGGCACCCCACUCCCGGCCCUUCAUCGCCUCCAUCCAGAUGGACGGGCAGCAUGUCUGCGGGGGCUUCCUGGUGUGGCCCAAGUGGGUGAUGACAGCAGCCCACUGCCUCAUUCCCAGGCGCAACCCCUCGGUGCGGGUUGUGUUGGGCGCCCACCGGCUGGAGGAGCCUGAGGAGUCCCAGCAGGUCUUCAGCGUCGCGGAGUCCAUCGCCCACCCGCACUACAACCCUCGCUGGGUGGACAACGACAUCCGACUGCUCAGGCUGAACAGGUCAGCCACGCUGAAUGAGUACGUGAAGCGGAUCCGCCUGCCCGCACCCCACAUCGACCUGAAGCCCGACACCGUCUGCCACGUGCUGGGCUGGGGGGACAUCUCCAACUACGGGGACCGGCCCACCGAGCUGAUGGAGACCAGCACCACCAUCGUCAAGCGGAGCUUCUGCCGGACGCUGUGGAGGGGCAAGGUCUCGCCCAACAUGCUGUGCGGGGCCAGCCGCAACACCACGCUGCAGGGCGUCUGCGCAGGAGACUCCGGGGGGCCCCUGACCUUCAAGGGAAAGGUUUAUGGCAUCGUCUCGUUCUCCGGGCAGAGAUGCGGGGACCGCCGGUACCCUGACAUCUACACCAAGAUCUCCAACUACAUCGACUGGGUGCAUGACACCAUCCAAGGGCACCACCAUCAGAAGGGGCAGCCAGAGCCCUAGCCGGGCUGGAGGGGUGUCCCGGGGGCAGAUGGGCUGCAGGGAGAGGGACCGGGGUGUCUUGGCUGCCUGGGAGCUCCCAGGAGGGGAGAAAAGGGCCAGGGCUCCCAGGUUCUCCCAGCUCCAGGGGGUUUGAGGGCUGAUGCUCAGGGCUCCUCAACCCAGGGCAGAGCAGGAGACUGUCUCUGCCUCUUGGGGAGGGGAGACACAUCCCCCCCCGGCUGCACAAGAAGCCCCAGCACCUCACUCAGCCUCUUGCAGCGGCAGCAUUUG